CCGCCAUAUAAAAUUCACAAAGGAGCAUGAGGAGGAAGAAAAAGAAACAAAGGAGGAAGUAAUAGUUGAGCAGUUUAACAACACAAAAAUUACAUAUUUUGAAAGAAUGUCUUUGUUUCAAGUAAACAGGUAUUUUGGAGACGAGUUUGAUGGAAGUACUUCAAAAGAGUCCCGGUCCCUGGAGUUACUUGGCCAACUGCAUCAGAAGGCCAAAGAGAAGCAGAAGCAAGGUUUCACAGAGGACAGAAUACAGUGUUCUGAACCACAUGCAGAUCAUCUUGAUGUUAGAAAGAAAAGAAAAGCUGACAACGUCAGCAGCCAAGAAAGCCCAAGACGUAAGAAAAAAAAAUCAAGGGAUCCAGUCAUGAAUGUUUCGGCCAAUAUUCAUUCAGAUCCUGUUGAGGAUGAAGAGAAGAGAAGACAGAAAGUUGGGAAUGAGAUGAAAAACAAUAUCGAGUCAGACUGCAUAGUUAAUAGACUUUCAGAGCCUAGUGCCAUUGGUAGAGAUGGAGAGGUUGAAGAGACAGAAGAUAAUAUUCCGAAAGAAACCUCAGGGAACUCUUCUUUUCCAUCCAGUUUCACAGUUCUGGGAGGGUUUGAAAACAAACCAGUUCAAAAGGUUCAUAGGGUCCUGCCUCAGUGGCUGGCUCAGCCUGAUGUUAUCCCCCGAGACAUGAAAAGUAAACUGGUGCCUUGCUCUGACAUCAGAGGACUUAGUGUGUCGCUGCUAAACCAGCUGCACAAUCAUGGAAUUCAGCACUUCUUUCCAGUACAAGCAGAGGUCAUCCCAGCCAUCUUGGAGGGUGCACAGAAUGGACUACUGGUCGGACAAGCUGGCUAUGAGCUCAGAGAUUUUUGUGUUUCUGCUCCAACAGGCAGUGGCAAGACUCUGGCUUAUGUCAUCCCUGUAAUACAAGUGCUGAUGAAGAGGGUUGUAUGCAAAGUCCGCGCCUUGGCUGUGUUACCAACCAAAGAGCUCGCCCAGCAGGUUUGCAAGGUUUUUGCAACAUACGCUGAGGGAACCGCUCUGAGGGUGGUCAUGCUGACAGGCCAGAAGUCAUUUGAGGCAGAGGUGGCUUCGCUUUCUGAACAGAGAGGCGGGAUGAGACGAUGCUUAGCUGACAUUGUUGUGGCCACUCCCGGUCGACUUGUUGAUCAUAUCAACAAGAAUUCAGGGAUGUGUCUGGAUCACCUCAGAUUCCUUAUUAUUGAUGAGGCAGACAAGAUGAUUGACAGUAUGCGUCAGUCUUGGCUCAGUCAAGUAGAAAAGGCAGUGUAUGGAACGGUGGACCAGAGACCCCAGAACAUCUUCAGGCAAAAAGCAGCCUUGUAUGUCACAGCAGCUAGCUUGUCUCCUCCUCAAAUGCCACUUCAGAAGCUGCUUUUCUCUGCCACACUCACCCAAAAUCCAGAGAAAUUGCAGCAGCUGGGCCUCCAUCAGCCAAGACUUUUCAGAUCUGCCAAGACUGAAAGUUGCUGUCACGUUCCCGAGCCAACUAUGGACUCACAUGAACCUGAGCAGUUUGACUUCCCCCAAAGUCUGACGGAGUAUUACCUGCCCUGUACGCUCAGCAAAAAACCUCUGAUCAUCCUUAAUUUGAUCCUGCGCAUGAAGCUCAGACCCAUUCUUUGUUUUGUUAACUCCAAAAUGACAGCUCACAGACUUCACCUGCUGAUACAGCUCUUUGGUGGCGUUCAAGUCGCAGAGUUCUCCUCGAGGCUGUCUCCCAGAGAAAGAAAGAAGACGCUGAAAGAAUUUGAACAAGGAAAGAUAAACCUGUUGAUUAGCACGGAUGCAGCGGCCAGAGGCAUUGACAUCGCUGGGGUCAAAUGUGUUGUGAACUAUGAUGCGCCACAGUACAUCAGGACAUACAUUCACAGAAUUGGAAGAACUGCAAGAGCUGGAAAACCCGGCCUGGCCUUCACCUUUCUGCUUGGAAUACAGGAACAGAACUUCCUUCAGAUGGUGACUGAAGCGGGGAGUUUGGGGAUCCGAAAGCACAUUAUUAAACCUGAAAACCUGAAGAGUUUGGAAGACCGAUAUGAACAAACGCUACGGGAGCUUGCUACUGUCAUUAAGGAAGAAAACGUUAACCGGAGAUGAUGCCCUCUUUUGUGAGCUGACAGAAGAUCACUUUAUGAAUGGAAAGCGGUCUUUUAUUGUAAUAAUGUUAAUGCAAAAUACAACACAUUAUUGUGCUUUAACAGAACAGAUUUGUUUAAUUUGCUGUCGGCCAAAUUACGGCUUUGCCCAUUCUCAUAUUGAGACUACAAUACAAGGUAGUGUAGAAAGGUUUAUGAAACUGCCCCAAUUUUAAAUGAAAGACUGCUAAAUUACCAGACUGAAUGAGAAUCAAUGCACAGUAUGUUGUGUGAUUGGUUAAUAAAUCCUUUUUAAAGUGUGGUGAAAUCAA